CGGGUAUUCCCUUAGUCGGGCAUUGGGAGUCUCAGGUUCUCCUUCCUCCGGUCGGGGAGCGCGCGGGGUCCCCGGGGGACCCCCACUGCAGUCGCGUGCUCCUUUGUGCGACCGAUCCGCGCGCGGGCGGCGCUGCGUCAAGGCGGAGGCGCAUCCGCGCGGCCCCACGCGCACUCCCGCGCGCGGCCCCCGGGAACGGCAGGAAGGAGGCGGCGCGCGGAGGCGGGAGGCACAGAACCCAAUCGCCGAUCCCCCGGCCGCGGCGCCGCCUCCGCCAUUGCUGUGCGCGGGAGCGGGCGACACUGAGCCUCGGAGCGCGCUUGGAGCCCAGAUCUUCCGGAGCCAGGCGUGGGGUGAGUGCGGGUGGCGAACGGGGAGGGCAGAGGAGCAUCUCUCAAGCAGAGGGCCGCGGGAGACCUGCAGGAGGCCAGUGCCACCCGACAGGGUACGCGUCCAGAAAGGCUGGGCACGGGUAGCGUCCCCUUACCCGGCCGUGAUGCGCCCUGCGGGAUGGGAGUCUAGAAAUGUUAGUCAAUACACAGCCUGAGACUCUGAUCUGGCUAGAUCGCCGCGUCCCUGCUACCUCUCUGGGGAGAUAAGGCGGGGACAGCGACCGCGGAGACAGCGGGUGGGUGUGCGGAGUCCUUCUGGCUGUGCCCCGCCCGGUCGGGCCACGGCUCGCCCUGACCCCCGCGCGGCCCUCCCUCCGCAGGCCGCAGCCUCGUGUCUUUCGCAACCAUGGUGAAGUUGGGGAAUAAUUUCGCAGAGAAGGGCACCAAGCAGCCACUGCUGGAGGAUGGCUUCGACACCAUUCCUUUGAUGACGCCCCUCGAUGUCAACCAGCUGCAGUUCCCACCCCCAGAUAAGGUCGUGGUGAAAACUAAGACUGAAUAUGAACCUGAUCGCAAAAAAGGAAAAGCACGUCCUCCCAAGAUAGCCGAGUUCACCGUCAGCAUCACCGAGGGUGUCACCGAGAGGUUUAAGGUCUCCGUGCUGGUCCUCUUUGCCCUGGCCUUCCUCACCUGUGUCGUCUUCCUGGUUGUCUACAAAGUGUACAAGUAUGACCGCGCCUGCCCUGAUGGGUUUGUCUUGAAGAACACCCAGUGCAUCCCAGAAGGCUUGGAGAGCUACUACACGGAGCAAGACUCCAGUGCCCGGGAGAAAUUUUACACUGUCAUAAACCACUACAACGUGGCCAAGCAGAGCAUCACCCGCUCCGUGUCGCCAUGGAUGUCAGUUCUGUCAGAAGAGAAGCUGUCGGAACAGGAGACCGAAGCUGCAGAGAAGUCAGCUUAGCGAGCAGGGCAGGUUCCUUACGAUGUGUCACUUGAAGGCAACAAGGGGACUUUGAGGGACAUUUCAUUAAAUAUAAUUACCGAUAAUUUAGAGAUUACUCAUUUACGGUGCAAUUGCUUCUGUUUGCUAAUGCUGCUUUGCAAAUUAAACUUGCUGCGGACCACCCACAGGCGUAAGAACAAGAGCAUCUCAGCAUUGCUUAGAGAGCUGGAUGCCACUGUCCACGCUGAGGAGUCUUCAUUUAGCUCCUUCCCUGGGAUUCACUGGAUACUGUCAAAAGGUAAUCUACACUGGCUAUGCCAGGGGUCUGGCCGUCAGAACAGCACAGCUGCUGGUUUCCUGUUUUCUUUUCUGCCCCUUUGCUAUCUGCAGACCUUACUCCAUAGCCAUAUCUAGAGUGAUCCCGUGCUUUUGCUGGUGGCAGUGCUGACUGUCAACAUGCACUGUUGAGCGGCGCAGAGAAGGGGACGUGGGCACCACGACGCAGCCCUGCCAGGCAAUUCUGGGAGGUUCUCUUUGGUAUGUCCCCUGAGCAGAGCACAAGGAUGGGGUGGGGAAGAGCUGGCUCUGGGCUAGGGGGUCGCCGAGCCUGUUUCUCUGUGGGUGGGCUGUCUGCUGGUAAUGUGCUAGGUAGGAAGAAAGCCCACUGGUUCUUUUCUUUCCUGUUAUGAAUAUAUUUGCACGUACAGCCCUGAAUGCAGGUGCAGUUUGGGUUUUUUGUUUUGUUUUGUUUUGUUUUAUUAGCCAGUGGGCAAAGUGAAAUGUAAUUUUGGGUAAGCCAGGGCUACUUUAGCUUUUCUUCUGUGAACAGAUGUGACUCCUGUGCUGUGGGAAGGGGCAGGACGGCUGGUGGGGGGGGCUGAUGUGGCACCUUGCAAAUAGAAUAUCUAAGUCCACAAUCUUUGUAAGAAAAGUAUGUUUAUGUUUCAAUCUGAAUCUUGACAUUAAAGUAUAUGUUUACAAAAUCACCAGUAGGUAAACUAAAUGUGUAAGACAAUUAAAUAGAAAAAGCUAUUCCUGAUUGUUUUCUUCCAUGUUCUCAGAAUGUGUUGUUUCUGGUGGGCAUGUCAGAAGUCUCGGCGUCCUUUAGUAGGUCAGAAAUAAAUGGCAAAUAGUCUGAGACCUUUGUGAACAAGCAUGGUGGCCACCAUCAGCUCCACUGCUGCUUCCUGAGGUGUGCUACUGAGACAACAUCAUGUAUUGUUGAGGUGUUCUAAAACAAAGGGCAUGAGCUCAGCACAGGGGGAGGGGCCACACAGUCACGAGCUUGAAGUGCAUUGGAAAGCUGCGAGGAAUGCGCAAAGAGCAAUACACAUGUGCCAAAACUUGUCUGUAGAGGGAUCCGACUCAUGGGCCGUGUGCGUGCAGUAGGCAGGCCCUCUGUGUUUUCUAACGUAGCCCUUUACCCACUGUGAACUCUCCCAAUGUAAUUUCUCAUUUUUACUCUACAAAUAAAGAGCUCGUGGGUACUUAAGCCGC